CAUUUACCAAACAGUCAUACACUUUGGCGUUUGAUUCAUCUCGUCUUCGAACCUGUUUCAGCAAACAGACACCAGCCAAAAGAAACAACAAUCAACCUCAAUAUCCCGUAACAUCCAUCCAUCCACGUCCACAGUCACGAUGCACUCCGUCACCGCAUUCAUCGCGCUUUCUGCGCUCACCAUGGUCGCCGCCCAGAACUCGACCGAGUUCACCAUCAAUGUCAGCGAGAUCACCGAUACUGAGCGAAACACCUGGUGCAUAGCCCAGGAGAACACCUGCAGCGAGCUCUGCGCCAACGACCCCAUCGGAAACACCUGUGACUACACCACUCUCGACUACUACUGCACCUGCCAGAACGGCAGCGAGCCCGGCCUGCAGUACUACACCGAGACCAUCGAUUAUUUUGUCUGCGAGCAAGCCUACAGCGACUGUAUCACCGAGUACGAGAACGACCAGCAGGCGCAGGCCAACUGCACCACUUCCAUCGCGGACCACUGCGGUACCCUUGACCCUUCCGACGCGACCACCAGUUCGUCUACCACCAGCUCUGCUGCCUCCUCCGGCACUGCUAGUGCCAGUGGAAGCUCUGCCUCCGGCUCCUCGACUGCUGCCGCGUCCUCGACCUCCACUGCCGGCGCUGUCCCUACCAACAUCCAGAUGGUCGGUACCGGUGCCGCCGCCGCCGCUUUUGGCCUGCUUGCCUACAUGCUCUGAGGCAGGGGCUGCGCUCGACCUGGCCAGAUCAUGAUCGGCCAUUUGGACUUCGAAAGCCUUUCUGCUUCUUGUACAGAGAUUAGACACGGCAUGGCACCUGCACUCUCGACCCGAAUUGUAAUGGCCGAAUUGUUUGUGGUGUGCUCAUGCAUACUAUUUUCCCACGAUGGCCAGCCCACCGAUACCCCGGGCGGCUUUAAUAAUACUUGAUGAGGAGACGAUGGAUACCUACCUGCUUGACGAUACAUGUGCAAGAUGAGUCAUUUGGGAGCCGCACAGAGCUUGUGCGAGGGACAGACCCUUCCACGUCGUGAAAAGUGGAUGAUGUUUUCCGUGGUUGACCGACAGCAGGCGAAUGGGGGGGGGGGGGGUUGGGGUUUGUUUUACACAUCAGUUAGGAGUAUUAGGAAUGGACUUGGCCUAGGUCUUUGGACGAGGGCCCUUUUCCAAACACAUAUCCCCCU